AUGGAUAUCUACGCCUCCACUUUAUCACCAGCUGUGGAUAUCGGCGCAGGUUGUUACCUGCUGGUUGUAGCUGUGCUCUCCAUUAUUGGAAACCUCCUGGUCCUAAUCAUGGCUUUCAAAAAGUCAUCAAGGAUGAAACCACCAGAGCUGCUGAGUGUGAACCUGGCAGUGACAGACCUGGGAGCAGCUGUCACCAUGUACCCCCUGGCAGUGGCCUCAGCCUGGAGCCACCACUGGCUCGGGGGUGAUGUCACCUGUCUUUAUUACGGACUAGCAGGAUUCUUCUUCGGUGUCGCCAGCAUCAUGAACCUGACUAUUUUGGCCGUAGUGCGCUUCGUAGUUUCCCUCAAUCUGCAAUCUCCCAGUGAGAAAAUCAGCUGGAAAAAGGUGAAGAUGCUGUGCAUCUGUAUCUGGCUGUACGCUCUGGUUUGGGCUCUGUUCCCUGUACUGGGCUGGGGCCGGUAUGGCCCGGAGCCCUUUGGCCUGUCCUGCUCACUUGCCUGGGGAGAGAUGAAACAUGAGGGCUUCUCUUUCGUCAUCUCCAUGUUCUCCUUAAACCUCGUCAUGCCCUCUGUCAUCAUCAUCUGCUGCUACUUCGGCAUCACCAUCAAGCUCUAUUUCACCUACAAAAACUCAAUGAACAACAGCUCCCGAAUCCCCAAUAUUAUCAAGCUGCAUCGGAGGCUGUUAGUGAUCGCUGUCCUGAUCAGUGUCGGUUUCAUAGGCUGCUGGGCGCCCUAUGGCCUGAUAAGCCUGUGGUCUAUUUUCCGUGACAGUGAAACCAUCCCUCCUGAAGUCAGUCUCCUGCCAUGCAUGUUUGCGAAGAGCUCCACUGUAUACAAUCCUUUGAUAUACUACAUCUUCAGCCAGAGCUUCAAAAGGGAGGUAAAGCAGCUGCAGGGGAUGUGUUCAGGGUUUAAUGCCUGCCGUGUUUCCAACAGCAUCAAUGACAACAGCAUUUACAUGGUUACUGCUGACAUCAAGCCCACAAUAGCAGCACGGUCUACUUUGCAGGAGAUCAUGGAGUCAAAGACAGUGACUUUGGGUUGA